CUUUUACAUGGACGAUAUGCUCUGCGGAGCUGACUCCAUUAAUGAGCUAAAAGAGUUAAAACAGCAAGUGACAGAGUUGUUAAAGUUAGGGCGAUUUGAACUUCAUAAAUGGCGCUCUAAUUUCAAAUUUGCCUCUCAUGAUGAGAGCACCGAGCCGUUGGAACUUAAAGUUACCGACGCUGCAAAAACGCUUGGGAUACGUUGGGCGUCGACUAGUGACAAGUUCCAAUUCGGUUACGGUGCGCAGUGCUCGGACGUGGUCACUAAGCGCGUAGUAUUAUCGGAGCUAGCGCAAUUAUUUGACCCGCUUGGGUUUUUGAGCCCCAUUAUUAUAUUAGGUAAAGUUUUCAUGCAAGAGUUAUGGCUAUUGAAGCAGGGUUGGGACGAGGAUUUGCCACCCAGUCAUGCCAUACAGUGGAAAAAAUAUCGUAGCGAGUUAAAACUCAUACACGAAUGUUCGUUGCCUCGAGCUGUCAUCCCAAAUUCACGGGAAAUAGACACGGUUGAGUUUUAUGAAUUUUCGGAUGCGUCCUGCCGUGCCUUUGGGGCAGCCAUAUACGCUCGGGUUAUAGACAAGCUAGAAACCAUAUCUGUCAAUUUGGUGGCGGCAAAAUCCAAGGUAGCACCAGUUCGUGUCACAUCGCUACCUCGUUUAGAACUUGAGGGCGCCAGACUUUUGGUCCAGCUGAUGGCCAAGGUUAAGAAGUGUGUUCCUAGAUAUGUUUCUAGCGUCAGCCGAUGGACCACCUUUGUUGCAAAUAGGGUCGCUUUAAUCCACGAAUUAUCUAGUAUAGAUGAAUGGUUUAAGAUAGAAUCGAAACUUAACCCAGCAGACAUAGUGUCUCGUGGUCUGCAUACGAGCGAAUUGAGAAACUCGUCGCUGUGGUGGAAAGGUCCUAAAUUCUUGCAGCAGCCAGAAGAUCAGUGGCCCGCGGUGCAUUGGAAUCGCUCUGAUUCACUUCCCGAGCAACGUAAUUCUAAAUUCACAUUAGUAGCCAGUCCCCAAAGGCUUGUGGAGGAUAUCGUUAGCAAAUGUAAAUAUGCAAGGGAUUUGUUUAAGUUGACUCGCGUGUUUGGCUAUAUUUGUCGCUGGCGUCGGGUUAUAUCAAAAAUUGAAUUAGCUAAAUCCAAGCCGCUGACAGCCUUUGAAGUAAAGGGUGGAUUAAACUACAUAAUAUUUAAUUUGCAAAGUUUGAGUUUUCACGAAGAGAUCGUAAAAUUGCACGAUGGCAAGCUUAUUCGAUCCGCGAAAAUACAAGCGCUCAAUCCGUUCCUAGACGUAAUUGACGGGAUAGAAAUUAUUCGGGUAGGUGGCAGGUUGUCUCAAGCUAAUGUACCAUUUGACACAAAGCACCCAAUUUUAUUGCCGAAUAAUCAUAUUGUUAUAACCGCUUUAUUUGAGUACACACAUCGAACUAAUAUGCAUGCCGGAGCGCAUGCAUUAUGCGCUUUUGUGCGACAAAGGUACUGGAUCAUUAAUGCUCGAAAGCUAGCUCGCAAGACAGUGCGGAGUUGCUUGGCAUGCUUUCGCCAGCGCCCAGUAGCGGCAAACCAGAUUAUGGGCUCGCUGCCAGCGAGCAGAGUACAAACGGGUGUGAAUCCGUUUCAACGAGCAGGAUUGGAUUUCGCCGGCCCGUUUUGGAUGCAUUUCCACCAGAGAGGACGACGUCCAACCAAGAUGUAUAUGUGUGUCUUUGUAUGCUUCCUGACAAAGGCUUGUCAUCUGGAGCUCGUGUCGGACCUUAGCACAAAUGCAUUUAUUGCCGCCCUCAAAUUUUUUUUGCGCGCCGUGGACUCAGCGCAGAGCUAUUUUGCGACAACGCCACAAAUUUUGUUGGCGCAGCUCGUGAAGUAAAAGAGCUGACUGAUCGUAUGUGGAACGAAACUGGCAAACGUCGAAUCGUAA